GGAGCCGGUGAUAUGUGGAACCCUUGGGAAAUAAAUGCAAGUGACCCCAGUUACCCAAAAGCACCUGGGAGUGACCACAGUCAUUGGAAGAUCGGAGAUCUGAGUGGCCGUCAUGGUGUGCUGAAGGGGCACCAGGAAUUUAAGACUACACUGACCGAUUACAAUUUGCCCCUCUAUGGUGUUAACAGUAUCAUUGGGCGUUCAAUUGUCCUAUUGAAGACAAGCGGCUUGCCAUGGGCCUGUAGCACUAUUCAGCUGGAAGAUGAGGUUAUCACAGCAAUUGCAUCCUUCCGUAAAGGGGUAAUCGGACGAGUAAUGUUCCGGCAGUCUCUGGCCGACCCAGACAAUGAUCUUUCUGUGUUAGUGGAGCUCUCUCUUGCCUCAGGCAUCACAACCAAUGGCCACAACUGGCAUGUCCACGAAUUUCCACUGCAAACAGUGACUGAGAGUUGUGUCAAAGCUGGUGGGCACUUUAAUCCACACAAGGUGCCAACAGUGGGCAACUACAGCCAGGAUUGUGGUUCAUCAAAUCCUUUCUUGUGUGAAGCCGGUGACUACGCAGGGAGACACAAGGCCAUUUCCUUCUUGGCUCAGGCUCCAGUACGAUACUUCUUCACAGACACGUCCUCAUCUUUAACAGGACCAUUUUCCAUUAUAGGGAAGUCGUUGGUUGUCCACGGGCCAGAAGGUUCUCCUAUACGGUUGGCAUGUGCCAAUAUCUUACUCCAACGACCAGCAAUAGGCAGAACUAGCAUUUGGUUUGGGCCAGGUGAUGCUCAGGGUCAGCUCAGUGCUUCACAGAUAUCAGAUCUGGAUAUAACAUCCAUUAACAUACAAUUUAGUGGACUCAGUGGCCGUGCAGGAGGCUUCCAUAUCCAUGAGCUGCCUGUCAUUGCUGGGUCUACUAACCCUUGCUUAAAUGCUUUUAUCAAAGGUCACUUCAACCCUUUUAUGGUGAACAUAUCAGCAUCUCCUACCGAGGGCCAAGGAACAGAUGAUGAAUAUGAAGUGGGGGAUAUCAGUGGCCGACACGGCUCUCUUAUGGCCAGAGACCAGAUAAGCAAACAGUAUAGAGACACAAACUUCCCCCUGUCUGGGAUGAACAGCAUCAUCAUGAGAUCCCUGGUCAUCCACUACAGUAACGGCUCAAGAAUGCAGUGCUGCACCGUGCUUCCCCAGCCGAUGCCAGAAGGAGAUCGAAUUGAUACCAGAGCAAUUUUUACAGGCAACAUAAGUGGCAGUGUCACCAUGACCCAAAUUGUGUAUCCUGAUGGAAGCGCGAGCGAUACCACCAUCCUGAUGGAGCUCACAGCCACCUCUGGGAUUUCCAGCCAGGACAUCAGCCUCCAUUGGUUCAUUGAAGAGCGUGAGGGAGAACCCUAUAACCCAUAUGGGAUCCCAAAUCAGGCGGGUCCUGUCUCCCUGUGCAGCCCCCUGAAUCCUCUACACUGUAGGGUAGGAGACCUGACAACAAAGCAUGGAGCCAUCACCGAAUGGGGCAAGCGUCUGGUGACGGACCCCAACAUGCCGCUGUCUGGCGACUUCACAGUCAUUGGAAGGGUCAUGGCGGUUCAGACAGACUCCGUGGGGCGCAGCGAAGCUCGGAUCCGGCCCAGCGUUCCCGUCUCCUCGUUCUUGUUCCCAAGAGAGAUCCCGUUCAAUAAGUCGGCGUUCCGCCGAGGGGUGUCCGUGGCUCUGCGUGUCCCCUUCUGGAAGGUAACCGUGUUCCCGGAGAGUGAAGACAAUGGCACAUCGUGUCUGCGCAUGAACUUCUUUGUCAUCGGGUUUAAUGACUCCUCGGCGUUGACUUCUCUACAAGCGCAGGAAUCAUUGGCGUCUUUCUUUAGAUCUCCUACGUGCCGUCCAGAGUCUGUCCCUUCUGGGAUUGCCGGAUUAGGGGUCCUCGUCUUUCUGCCCCCCUUAUUGCCGGUUUUUUGUCUUUGGAUGUUGUCCUGACCCUGGAGUUAUUGCCGUUCCUUUCUGCUCCGGGGUGUCCCGAUCAGGGACUAAUCCUCUAAAGUCCUUCUAAUGUCACCUAAUCUUCUCCUAGUGCGAGAUGAAUAAUGUCUGCAACCAAAACCCUGAAUA